AUGGGCCAGGAUCAGUUUGCACUUCCGAAGCUUCCAGCAUCCAAUCGAAACCACCAUCAACACUUUGGGAUCGCUGCGGAUCAACUUACAAGAAAGAAACUCCAGGUAUUACUCCACCUCAUCACAGCCGACCUCAAGACUCGAGGAACGAAGACCCCUCAUGUGUUUCUUCCUUUCAGAUCGCGAGUAGAUGACUCAAAACUCGAGCAGUUCUUGCAGUCCGUCUUUCCCGGUGGAAAGUUGAUUGAUAUGGCCAAAACGUCGCUGGUCAAACUUCUUUUGAAAUCUUUCGACGAAUUCACCCUUAUCUGUGGCCUCAAAUAUUUGUGGUGCCGUCUUCCGAACAAUGAGGUCGUUGGGUGGAACGUGUAUUUGGAGUUUAAGAGACGAGAGCGUGAUGCUGGCUAUCCAAAAGAUGCAUUUCUCACUCUCAUGCCCAAAUGUCUCUCUUCUUCCUCCCAUGCAUCCAUUGUUUAUGACUUCCUUGACCUUAUGAUUGGAAUCGCUACGAAUUCUCAGUACAAUCAUUUGAGUGGCCGUAAGAUCGCCAAAAUGGCCAGUGUCUGGGCUUUCAAUAGCACGCCUCAUUCUUCUUCGGCUUUUUACGAUGCCACUGCCACCCGUGAAAACAGCUUCAUGGACGGUCUUAGCACCUGGGAGCUGACGUGCAAUGGCUUAUUUCACUUGCUUCUAGCGUUCUUGCGUGCUAUGCUUCCAGACACUGAAAGUGAUACCCUCAAACUUCCAAAGACUUUGCAGUCUCUUCUUGUCACCAACUCAUACCCACCACCAGAUAAACUGCCGUCUAUGAAGUCUGUGAUCACCAUUCCGUGUGUCCAGAUCCGCUCCACUAAGAGAUGUGCUGAUCCAUACGAGCUUAUUAGCAAGGUCAGACAGAACCUUCGCUUCGACAAGAAAGACAAGUUCAUCUCCAUCGAAAAUUAUACUAUCCUCAAAAAUAUUUUCCAAAAGGACUCUACUAAUGAGAUUGUAUCUACAUUAACGGAGGAGUCGAGACGUGUUCUUUCGCGGUUGACUGCCACUCCCAUCCAUUCGGAUUUUGGUAUAUACCCCGGCUGGGCAAACACGUCGGCACCACAGGAUCCAAAUAUUCCUAUGUACACUGAAGUCACCAUUUCAAAUGUGUCCUUGCAGGAUUACUAUAUAUGGACCUGGCUUUCCUCGUUAGGAUCUGACCAGUCGGAUGCAUUGAAAUCAUUGUUUGGUCGCUCCAUAGUGGUUGAAGCUGGAUUGCGUGGAUUCCAGAAAUGGCUCAUUUUAUCGGAAGUGACGAUGAGUGAAGAUGAUUAUUUGACUAAUUUCAAGGACUUCGAGCACUCGCCGAGAUUAAUGGCCCGUUCUCCCAUCCCUCAAGAGAAGUCAUUGCCACCACCGCCAUCAUCUGCGGAACGAGCAGGCCACCCUCUACCAAAAAGUUCGCUUCUUCCGGAUGUAUCAUUUAGAGAUGAUCAAUUUAGUGUGGAUGGUUUAUCUGAGAGUAGCCUGGGUUACCAAAAGUAUAUGGCCAGUCUUGACGAAGAGCGAAGUAUUGCUAACGAAGCCACUAAGAAAAUUCAGGCUCAGAAGCCCAAGUUUUCGCAGAGGCCCCGUCCACCACCACUCGACGAUGAUCAUGCUAAUGAGGUUGAUCUUCAAAACUUGCAAAUCCUGGAGCCCGUGAUACCCAGAAGGUCGCCUGAUCGCUAUACCGAACAAGAGCAUCCAGAAUUCCAGACUUAUCGUGCUUAUGCGCAAAAGGAUCCAGAAGUUUACCAUUCCAGAGAGCGUGUGGAGAUCCAAGAACCUUUUGAGACAUACAAAACUCCAUUCGAUCAGCCAGACGGCAGAGUUGACACAGAACCUUAUGAUGACUACUACAUUCCAGGUCAGAGUCGGAAUUUGGCUACUAGCAGAGAUCAUUCUCCUAACAGAUAUCCAGCGAAUUCCCAAAACUAUCAACAACCUCAGGAGAACUCACAUACAACACAAUCACCACAUGAGCAGCAAUAUCUUGAGAAACCAGGUCACGAGACGCAUUAUGUUUCUCAACUACCACGAGAAGAGAAGUUUAGCCUGAAUGAUGUGUACGGGUACGAUAAUGAUUACGAUUCUCAAAAUCGGUCUCACCAUGACGUUCACGAGGCAAACUACGUGAAGAACCCCUAUAUCGCUUCAAAUGGAACGAACAGAAACAAGAUGCAAGGUCAAAGCGAGUUUGCCUUCGUCAAUCCAAAACAUACGGAUGAACCAUCACAAGCCAGAACCUCUGAUCUUGGUCAUCACAAAAAUGAAGCUCUUCCUCCACAUCUUUCGAAUUCCGAAGCAGAAUUUCAGACGGAGAAUCAUUCUCAUUACCAGCUGGAAGAUCAGUUUGUCCAGCCGGAAAUCCAACUUGAAUACCGUCUGGAAUUUGGAUCUGGAGAGGUCGAAGAGAAGAAGAAAAAGAAGAAAAAGAAGCGCUCUAAGAAGCCAGUGGAUUACUUCCCUAUGGAGGGAAUCCCGAACGGACCUCCCCCACCUUUGCCUUCAAUGGAUGAAAUUCCCAAUGGACCUCCUCCACCUUUGCCUCCCGUGAAUAAUAAUGGCCAUCCUCCACCAGUACCUUCAAAGACAGAUACAUCUAUACCUGGCGAGAGCCAGUACUCAUCCGACCAACAGAUUGCUCAACAAAGUCAGGAUCUGAGUUACAAUGGCUAUUCCGCAAACAAUGUUGAUGCAAGGUAUAAUGAAUACCAGUCAAUGCGUCCACCGCAGGCUCAGGUGAGUAGUCAUCUUUCACCUCAAGUACAACCAAGAAUUGUGUCAGGUUCAGCACUGCCUAACAAGAUGCAUUUGAAUCCGAACAUGUUUGGAGCUCAUCAAGAUAGCAGUGACCCACUGUUGGUGUCAUCGUACUACCACACCCCAACGGGAAACUCCCCAACCAAUUCACAGUAUUACACUCCAACGGGCAAUCAAUCUCAGGUCCCCAUGACGAAGUCUCCUACACCUGCAAUAGGCUCUGCUCAACCAAUACCCCCGACACAGCAAUUACAACCUCAGUCUGACUCACAAUUCACAGUUGGCCUGCCAAACCGCCAUGCUCAACAACGACCAAUGGCUCACUCUCAAGAUCAACACCAUCAAAUGAUGUCUCACCCAACAACUCAAGCAAUUAGUGCACCUACAGCUCACACUCAACAUCAGGUGCCUACACAGCAUAUGAAUCAUCAACAAAGUGGAGGUCAGCAGAACCAGGCAAUCCCUCAUCAUCACACACCACCUCAGGUACCUACUGCUCAGAUGUCACAAUACCCAGUACAUCAUGCUCCAUAUGGCCAGCCACCCAACCACCAGCAAGGGCAAAUUCCUCCAGGGCAAAUGCCGGUACAAGCAUCACAAGGGCAGAUGCCGCCAGGUCCGAUUCAAGGUCAACAGCCGUAUCAAGUGGCACCUGGUGCCCCGGCACCACAGUAUUAUUAUCCUCCACCUCCACAAGGCUAUUACCCACCUCCGCAAGGUUAUGGAUAUCCAAUGUACUAUCCUCCACCACAAGGAUAUUACCCUCCUCCUCAACAGAAGGCAAAACCAAGGCCGACCGCGAGCGACCUUGCUAUGAGAGGUAUGCCUCCGAGUGGAAAGUUUAAUAAGAACACCAAGACCAACAAGGCCAGUAUGCGAGCAGCGUUACAGGGUGGUGAAUUUGGUAUUUAA